GAUAUUUAUUACGUCAUAACUUUUUUACUAUUUUAUAGUAUAUGGGUUAUUAUUAAAAUACGUUAAAAUAUAUUCAAUUAAUUUCAGGUUUGCUUUUCUACUGAAUAAAAAAUUCAGAUUUACUAUUGUCUUUCAAUUUAUAGUAAGUACAUUAGUGGUGUGCUUUACUUUAUAUCAAAUAACCAAAACAAACAGUGGAAAAUUCAUUGAAUUAGUAAUGUACAUGUCGUGCAUGUUAAUACAAAUUUUUUUAUAUUGCUGGUACGGAAAUGAAGUCAAAUUGAAGAGUCUACAAAUAAUUAGUGAUUUGUUUGAAAUGGAAUGGUUUACGUUAGACCAAAAUACAAGAAAGGACUUAUUAAUAAUUGCACUACGCGGUAGAAUGCCAAUCGAAUUUAGUAGUGCCUAUGUUAUACCUAUGAAUCUGAAUUCGUUUGUGGGUUUACUUAAGACAUCGUAUUCGACUUAUAACAUACUUCAACAAACUCAGAAUGACAAAGUGAACUAAGAAAACAAUAUUGUUAUAUAUUAUAAUUUUAAUUAUAUCAUGUUAUACUGAUUUUUUCUAAAUAUGUAUUAAGUU